AUGUUCCCUUUUGGUACGGUAGUUGAAGAGGAAAAGACAAAUCGUUACGCUAAACUUCAUGUACAGACAUGGAUUCAUAUUCAUAGCGCAAUUAGUAUGGUCGUAUGUAUGUUGGGUAUUGCAUUCGGCGUACUCCUCCUAGUUCAACCAGCAUGGCACGAAUUUUUUCUAUUGUACAGGCAGACAUUAACGUAUUUGAGACGCAAUGAUCCUAAUGUAUAUUGGCUGUGUUAUCGUAUAUUCUUCGCGUGUUGGAUCGGAAUGCAUUUUGCUCAUCUACUAACUGUUGUGGGUACCAUAUUUGCAACACAGCUAACGAAAUCUCGCCUUGUGGUUCCACAAAUUGUUGUGCUAGUUAUUGAAAUUGGUUUCUACAUUCUUGGCACAUUUGCUCUAGGAAUUAUCAGUGUUACGGGCGCCAAAGUGACCUGGAUGGCGUUGCUGACCGUGCUAUUCUUCGCCUUUUUCGCCAGCACAAAUCUCAUUCUGCUCGUCGCCUAUCAUCGCAUCUUGGAGGAGAAAAACCUCGCCCUCAAAGCACUCUUGGCUACAAAAAGUGUGCACUUCAAAGAACGGCAGGGCUUAUAA